AUGAUACAUGGAUCAGGGCAACGGCAAGCAGAUCGCCUUCACAACGGACCCAAGAUGGAACAGUCGAAAAGGAUGCAUUUGGUAAUAUUCAAAGGAAAUGGAAUUCCUGGAGACUUCCAAAGGCCAAACACAUUUAUUGUGAGCGAUUCUCAUCGGCUCAUCAUCAGCUCGAUGGAAUCUCUACCCAAAUUUGAACUACUCCGGUCUUUUCUAUGCCAUCGUCAAUUUACUCGAACUAUUGGAGAGGCCGUGCUGGACACUUUGAAAGCGUUGAUGAUGUUCCUCGAUCGAGACACACUCGAGCAAUUACCACUACUUCUUGCUAGUAACAUUGGUGUCCUUCCAAGUGAACUUGAUAAACAG